AUGUCGCACAAAUACUCGGACCUGGAGGUCGUACAUGACUACGAUGCUCCCGAAGUCGUGCCAUCACAAGAGAAAGUCGUCGUUCCCGGAGAGAAUGAGAAGAAUUCACACAAGAUAUACGAUGGGCAAGACGAAGAAUGGAGUACGACGGGGAAAAUGUUGGCUGAACCAGAGACACAAGAUGAUGAUGAGCACACCAAACCGAAGAGAAGGACAUGUUGUGGAAUGGAGCUCACUCGACGGCGAAUAUAUCUCCUGAGUGCACUUGCGAUACUUGUGGUGAUAGCCGCUGCGGUUGGCGGUGGUGUAGGUGGAACUCAGGCAUCGCGGAAGAAUAAUGACUCCUCGGGUACUCCUCAGGGACAAUUGGGUCGAACAGGAUACAUUACUGGCAAUAUCGGUCCUACUGGAGGCGUUAUCGGACAGCCCUCCAUCACACCCACAACUACCAUUACGGUGGACGUCACCACCAGCACAAUAGACGUCAGUCCCACCGAGACUGCUUUCUCCGAUUGUCCUUCCUCGAACGGUACCGCGUACGCCGUCAACAGUGGAAGCGAAGACUCGCCCCCGCUCCUCUGGCGCAAAUCUUGUGGGGAUUCUUUCGGAACACUUGCUCCUCUCACGAUUAUGGGAGAGAAGGCUUCGAGUCUGAAUGAUUGUAUUCGCAUGUGUGUGGCGCAAAACGCUCUUAAUGCUACGCAGAAUGAGAUGAAUCCUUGUAAUACUGUUUGUUGGCGGAAUGGAAGUCCCGGGGAUGAUCGGCCGUUUCAUUGUUUUGGGGGGUUCAAGAAGAAUGAUACCGAGAGAUUUACUUUGACUGGGGAGACGAGAUGUGAUUCUGCUGUGUGGGUGAAUCAAGAUGUGGGAUUUAUUGGUGGUAGUUCGUCUUGA